UCUCGCUGGACGUUUCGUUCGUCGCGCGUUCGGGAGCGAAAGGAAGCGUAAAAUGGUCAAUAUCCAACCGCCGCCCAGAGCCAAUAAGAAUUGCAAUUGCCGAGCAGUUGCGGAGUGCCAUGUGUGAAUUGUGCGGGUCGCAGGAGUUGGAAAAUGCGAAUGCCGCAGGACAAUAGCAACAAUGCCAGUUCGAUACAUACACAUAGUCGAGGGCCGAUGAAAAACUGGUAUAUAAAAGACGCCAAAAGCUUGCGAAAAAGAGAGCAAACGCGCCCUUAACUCGGCUGCAGGACAACAAAAAAGGCGAAAGAGGAGCAGGAGCAGGAUAAACAGCAGGCAAACCGUCCGUGAUGUCACAACAACACCCCCAUCACGCCCACCCCCACCCCCACCACUACGCCCACCCCCACUAUCCGCCCCCUGCGACGCCCAUGUCCCUGCAGCAACAAACGCAGCAGCAGCCGUCGCAACAGCAGCAGCACGCCAAUUGGUACUCACAUGUUGCUUCCUACCCCACACCCCACUCGGCCUUCGGCCCCGCCCCCGCCCCCUCCUGCAAGGCCACCAGCAGCAACAACAACAGUAUCAUGGGAGGCGGAGGGGGUGGCUAUGGGCCGGGGGGUGGCAACGCGCAGGGUUAUUAUGGCGCCGCUGGCGGUGGCCUCAAUGUCAGUGGGGCGGCGGUGGGUGGUGGGCCGAGCUACGGCCUUGGGGCCAAUACAGUGGCAUAUGCCCACAACCAACUGCUGCAGUACCAGCAGCAGCAACAGCAACAGCAACAACAGCAACAGCAGCUACACCAGCAACUUCCGCAGCAUCUCAGCCAACAAAGGUCCUAUAUGGGCCACGAUAUCAUGACCGGCAGCUAUCCCUAUAUCAAAAGCGAACCCAUGGAGGCCUUCCAGCAGCCCCCCAAUCCCAUGGCCCCGCCCCCGGCUCCAGAAAUAUUAAUAAAAUCGGAACCCAUUGACGAACAUUCCUACAAGUCCAACUAUAUAGACGACAACACGCCGUUUGCGGACUUUAGCAAGUUCAGCGAAUUCAGCGAGGACAUGUUGAGUCCUAAAGUGGAGCUGACCGUCAAGGAUGAGUCCUACGGAAGGAAUACCAACAGCUUUCUGCGCCGCAAACAGCAAUCGGAUCGGAGUGCCGAAAGCUUGCCCAUCUGCCAGCGCUGCAAGGAGGUCUUCUUCAAGAAGCAGGCUUACUUGCGUCACGUGGCCGAGAGCAAUUGCGGGAUGCAGGAGUACGACUUCAAGUGCAGCACCUGUCCCAUGUCCUUCAUGACCACCGAGGAGCUGCAGCGGCACAAGCAACACCACCGGGCAGACAGGUUCUUCUGCCACAAGUACUGCGGCAAGCACUUCGAUACGAUCGCCGAGUGCGAGGCGCACGAGUAUAUGCAGCACGAAUACGAUAGCUUUGUCUGCAAUAUAUGUUCUGGGACCUUCGCCACCCGUGAGCAGCUAUACGCCCACCUGCCGCAACACAAGUUCCAGCAGCGCUUCGACUGUCCCAUCUGCCGACUGUGGUAUCAGACGGCUCUCGAGCUCCACGAACACCGUUUGGCCGCACCCUACUUCUGCGGCAAGUACUACACGGGGGCACAGUCAUCCGCGGCCUCGCACUCGCAGCAGCAGCAGCACCAGACGAACUACAAGCUACAGGAUUGCCAUAUGGCCACCAUGGAAAUGCCCACCGCCCCGCACCACAAACCGAACGCAUCCAGCUCUUCCUUGCCGGCCACGGCUGCACUGAGUUCACUCCUGCAGCAGCGUCAGGCAAACGCCGAUGGAGCAGCCAUGUUUGCGGCUUCGGCACUCAAGAACGAGGUAAAUGUAAAGCUGGAGCGCAGCUUUAGCAACUCGACCAGCGAGUCAUCCUACAGCGUUCAGGAGAGUAGCUACAAUAAUGCCUACGGAAGCGAUAGUUCAAUCCAUGGAGGAGCGAUUGCUGGUCCACAGGCACACUCAUCCACGCUGGACGACUCCGAGGACGCUCUGUGCUGUGUGCCGCUGUGCGGAGUGCGGAAGAGCACCAGCCCCACGCUGCAGUUCUUCACGUUCCCCAAGGACGAGAAGUACCUUAACCAGUGGCUGCACAAUCUCAAGAUGUUCCACAUACCCGCCGCCAGCUACGCCAAUUUCCGCAUCUGCAGCAUGCACUUCCCGAAGCGCUGUAUCAACCGGUACUCCCUGUGCUAUUGGGCAGUGCCCACGUUUAACCUGGGUCACGACGACGUGGCGAAUCUCUAUCAAAAUCGGGAGCUGACCAACACCUUCACCACCGGCGAAGUAGCCCGUUGCAGCAUGCCUCACUGCACCAGUCAGCGGGGCGAGAGCAACCUGAAGUUCUACAACUUUCCCAAGGACAUCAAGAGCCUCAUCAAGUGGUGCCAGAACGCCCGACUUCCUGUGCAGGCCAAGGAGCCGCGUCACUUCUGCAGCCGCCACUUUGAGGAGCGCUGCAUCGGCAAGUUCCGGCUGAAGCCUUGGGCGGUACCCACUCUGCAUCUGGGUGCCCAGUAUGGCAAGAUCCACGACAACCCCAAGAAUCUGUAUGUGGAGGAGAAGCGCUGCUGCCUCAACUUUUGCCGGCGCAGCCGUUCCUCUGACUUCAACAUGUCGCUAUAUCGUUUUCCCAGGGAUGAGGUGCUCCUGCGUCGCUGGUGCUACAAUCUGCGCCUGGAUCCGGGAGUGUAUCGCGGGAAGAAUCACAAAAUAUGCAGCGCCCACUUUAUCAAAGAGGCUUUGGGUCUGCGGAAGCUAUCACCGGGUGCUGUUCCCACACUUCACCUGGGUCACACGGACACCUUCAACAUCUACGAGAACGAACUGUGGCCGCCGCCGACGCCCUCGAGCUCCCACAGCGGUGGCUUCCAGGCGCAUCAGACGCCGCAUCACCAUUCGCAGCACUCGCUGCAACAGCAUCUGCACAGCACCAAAUCCUACCAGCGCCACUCGGCGGCAUCCACAUCUUCCUCGGCCAGUUCGGCGACCUCUCACUACGUUGAUCCGGAGCUGAGUUCCUCUUACCUGGCCAUGGGUGGAUCCUCGGCGAUGAAUGUCAGCGACAGCAUGGACAUUUGCUGCGUGCCCAGUUGCGAGAGCAAGCGACACAACAACGAGAACAUCACAUUCCACACCAUUCCGCGUCGGCCCGAGCAGAUGCGCAAGUGGUGCCACAACCUAAAGAUCCCAGAGGAAAAGAUGCACAAGGGCAUGCGGAUCUGCAGUCUGCACUUCGAGUCCUACUGCAUCGGCGGUUGUAUGCGACCGUUUGCAGUGCCCACGCUCAAUUUGGGCCACGAUGAGGAGGAUAUUCAUCGGAAUCCGGACGUGAUCAAGAAGCUGAAUAUCCGGGAAACCUGCUGCGUUUCCGUUUGCAAACGGAAUCGAGACAGGGAUCAUGCAAAUCUUCAUCGCUUCCCGAGUAAUGUCUCGCUGCUGACCAAGUGGUGUGGGAAUCUCCAGCGGCCCGUUCCGGAUGGCAGUAAACUAUUCAACGACGCCAUCUGUGAAGUGCACUUCGAGGAUCGCUGCCUGCGCAACAAGAGGCUGGAGAAAUGGGCGGUGCCUACUCUAAUCCUGGGUCAUGAGAAUAUCCCCUAUCCUUUGCCCACACCCGAACAGGUCACCGAGUUCUAUGCGCGACCCACGGCGCCCAACAAUGGCGAGGAGCAGGGCGAGUGCUGCGUGGAGACCUGCAAGCGGAAUCCCAGUGUGGACGACAUCAAGCUUUAUCGGCCGCCGGAGGAGGCUUCCGUGUUGGCCAAGUGGGCGCACAACCUGCAAACAGAGGCUACUAAGCUGACGAGCAUGAGGAUUUGCAAUCUUCACUUCGAGGCACACUGCAUAGGGAAACGGAUGCGUCCUUGGGCAAUACCCACACUGAAUCUGGCUGGAAACAUAGAGAAUCUUUAUGAGAAUCCAGAGCAUUCGAUGCUGUACAAGCGACGAGCGCACACGAAAACCAAGCUGCCGGCUUCCGUGAAGCCCACCUGGGUGCCCAGGUGCUGUCUGCCGCAUUGCCGCAAGGUUCGGGCGCUGCACAACGUUCAGCUCUAUCGCUUCCCCAAGCUCAAUCGCUCCACGCUGGCCAAGUGGUCGCACAAUCUGCAGGUUCCCAUGGUGGGCAGUGCCCAACGCAGGCUGUGUUCGGCUCACUUUGAACCACAUGUGCUGAGCAAGAAGUGUCCGGUGCCGCUGGCGGUGCCCACACUGGAUUUGAACUCCCCGCCUGGCUUGAAAAUCUACCAGAAUCCGGCCAAACUAAAAGCCAGCAAGCUGUGCCUGCAGCGCGUGUGCAUAGUGGAGAGUUGCCGCAAGACGCGGGCGCAGGGCGUCCAGCUCUUCCGGCUGCCGCAUAGUCCCACGCAGCUGCGCAAGUGGAUGCACAACAUCAAGACCCGUCCAAGGGCAGCGAUGAGGGCGCAGUAUCGCGUGUGUUCCCGCCACUUUGAGACGCAUUCGUUUAAUGGCCGCAGACUGAGUGCCGGGGCCAUUCCCACACUGGAAUUGGGUCACGACGACGAGGACAUCUAUCCCAACGAAGCGCAGGCCUUUGCGGACGAGCACUGCGUGGUGGAGGGCUGCGAGGCGUCGAAGGAACAGGCGGAGGUGCGCCUGUUCCGCUUUCCCACCGAAGACGACGAUUUGCUGUGGAAGUGGUGCAACAAUCUCAAGAUGAACCCCGUGGAUUGCACCGGGGUGCGGAUAUGCAACAAGCACUUCGAGGCGGACUGCAUCGGACCCAAGCACCUGUACAAGUGGGCCAUACCCACGGAGCAGCUGGGCCACGACGACGCCCAGAUCGAGCUGAUACCGAAUCCCAAGCCGGAGGAGCGGUAUGUGGAUCCGGUGUUCAAGUGCAUCGUGCCUACGUGUGGAAAGACGCGCCGCUUCGACGAGGUGCAGAUGAACAGCUUCCCCAAGGACCCCGAUCUCUUCCAGCGCUGGCAGCACAACCUGCGGCUGGAGCAUCUUAAUUUCCUGGAACGCGAGCGCUACAAGAUCUGCAAUGCCCACUUCGAGGACAUUUGUAUUGGCAAGACGCGACUGAACAUAGGAUCGAUUCCUACUCUGGAGCUCGGUCACGACGAGACGGAGGAUCUGUUCCAGGUAAAUCCGGCGGAGCUGCAGAGUAACCUUUUCGGAAGGCAGCGGAGAAUACACGAUGAAUCUGGUGGGAUCAGCAUCAAGCAGGAGCUCUCCGAGUCGGAAGACGUCAAGCCGGAUUUGGAAACCUUGCAGGAAGCGAAAGAGUCGAGGACUAGACAGGUUAAAUUCAAGAAAACCCUAUCCGAUUUAAAGUGCUGUGUGCACAGUUGCGGACGCAGUCGUCUGGAGCACGGAGCACGGCUCUUUCCGUUUCCCACCGGCAAGCAGCAGCACCUCAAGUGGCGUCACAAUUUGCGCCUGGAGCCCGACGAGGUGGAUCGGUCGACGCGGGUGUGCAGUGCCCACUUCAACCGGCGCUGCAUUGACGGCAAGCAGCUGAGGAGUUGGGCCAUGCCCACGCAGCAACUGGGCCACCAGGAGCAGCCGAUCUACGAGAAUCCCAAGAACAUACCCGGGUUCUUCACGCCCACCUGCGCUCUGGGUCAUUGCCGCAAACGGCGGAGCAUCGACAACGAUCUGCGCACCUACCGAUAUCCGAGAAGUGAGGAGCUACUUGAGAAAUGGCGGGCCAAUCUUCGGCUGACUCCGGAUCAGUGUCGCGGCCGGAUUUGUGCGGAUCACUUUGAGGCCCAGGUGCGGGGCAAACUGAAGCUGAAGACGGGAGCGGUGCCUACACUAAAACUGGGCCAUGAUGAGGGCUUGGUCUUCGACAAUGAGGCUAUUAAGGUGGGCGAGGAUGAGGAGGAACUGAAGCCCAAAAGGGAGCCACUCGACGAGGAGGAGGAGGAAGAUGUGGAGGCUGAGACGGAGCACAAUGAGCAGGAGGAUAUUGAAGAUGAAGAUGAGAGGGGCGACCACUACUUCGAUCCACUUGAAUUGGUCGAGACCUAUGCCGAACAUCCAACGGAUGACGAAGCGGAAUAUUGUAGGGAUGAAGAAAUGGAUGAUCGAGAGGAGGAAGAUCACUUCCUGCCGGAUGUACCACCCACUCCUCCGAUCCUCCCCCUGCGUCGCGAAAAGCCCGCCAACAAUGUGACUCCCAUUUGCUGCCUGAAGCAUUGCCGAAAGGAGCGCACUGCCUUUCACCUGCUCAGCACCUUUGGUUUUCCCAAGGACCGCCGGCUGCUGCUCAAGUGGUGCGCCAAUCUCCACCUGGAUCCGGAUGACUGCAUCGGUCGGGUUUGCAUUGAGCACUUCCAGCCGGAGGUGCUCGGUACCCGAAAGCUCAAGCAGAAUGCGGUACCCACUUUGAAUGUGGGUCACAAUGAGCCACUCAGGUACUCGUGCAACGGAAUGGAUCGGGAGCAGGAGCAAUCGCAGCCACAGCCUUCGGUUUUUCGGCUUUGGAGCCUGAAACACUGCCGCAAGAGGAAGCUAACAGAGCCGCCGGAUAUUCGGAAAAGCAAGUGGAACCCUGUGGAAGUGCAGACGAUGCAGAGGCUGAAGAUGGAGAUUCAGUUAGAGAGGGAGAUCAAGGUGGAGAUGCAGAUGGAGAGGGAAUCAAAGACGAGGAAUCCGAGGGAGAGUAAGCCGGAAAGAUGUUGCAUCAGCAGCUGCGGAAAUGAGGAUGUUGAGCAAUUGCUUUCAAUGCCUGAUGAUAGAAAUCUCUCAAGAAAAUGGCAACAUAACCUGAAGCUUUCUAUGGACACGGUUUUCAGGGAUAUUCGUGUUUGUCUGGAGCAUUUUGAGGCGGAAGUUGUGGAAAACGGAAAGCUGACGGAGCAGGCAGUUCCCACCUUAAAACUGGAGCAAAAGAGUUACAACAUCUACAGAAACAAAGGCUCUUGUUUGGUUAUCGAAUGCGAAAACUCUUCGUCGAGCUUGGUGGAGUUGCCUCAAAAUAUGCUGAUAAGACACUCUUGGAUUUCCCAUCUAAAUCUCCCUCUGAUCACUGAUGGUCUUCUAUGUAAUCUACACUUUAUGAAGCUGUUUGAAGAGGUGUACUUACCCAAAGUUCUGGCCCCACAAGACUUGGAUGACUUGCAGUGUUUAGCCGAUGAAAUGAAAUGUGCUGUGCCUGAAUGCUCCUCCAAAAAUGAUCUCAGGCUUACCCAGCUUCCCGAGAAGGAGCAAACGCUUUUCAAAUGGCUACACAACACUAAAAUGGCCUACGAGCAAUCGAGGCAUAAAAGCUAUCGCAUCUGUCUGCUGCACUUUGAGUCAGAGGUUCUAGAGUCGGAUUACCCGAAACCCUGGGCUUUACCCACCUUGCAUCUCAACCAUGAGGACAAGAUUCACUUGAAUACCAGUCAAGAGUCACGCAGUGGAACUCCCAAUAGCAAUUCUAGGCUAACUCCGCUAACUCCUCUGAGAAUCAAGACCGAUCUCGCUUCGUUAAGCAGUCCCUGCGGUAGUGCAAGUCCCAGUCCUCGCGGCAGGAUCAGGAUAUGUUGCAUACCCACCUGUGGACAGUUUGGAAAUAGCCAAGUACGGCUCUAUCGCUUCCCCUCCGAGGAGCAAGCGUUGCUCCGUUGGCUGGUGAACACGAAUCAGCAGCCUCGCCUCGUGGAUCCCCAGGAGCUCUAUGUGUGCCAAUCGCACUUCGAACCGGAUGCUAUAUGCAAGAAGCAACUACGCAGCUGGGCAGAGCCCACCUUGAACCUGGGACACGAAGGAUAUGUCAUCCCGAAUGCCAGGCACAAUGGGAACAUCGCCGAUGGCCAGGACACCGAGCAGGCAAUGGCGUUUAUCCGGGAGCGCUAUUGCUCAGUGUUGUCUUGUUUCCAAGCUGAAGGCAAUGGAAUAAGGCUCUAUGAGUAUCCCAAGGAUAUGGCCACAAUACGAAAGUGGGCAGCCGCCUGCAGGCAUCGCUCCAUGCAGGCCAGCAGUCAUGGAUUCAAGGUGUGCCAGUCUCACUUUGCCCCAGAAUGCUUUGAAACGCAGACUUUGGAUUUGAUUGAGGGAUCGGUUCCCACUUUGGAGUUGACUAGAGAUGAUAUUGAAAAGCACUGCUUGGUGGAGGGAUGUGUAAAAGAUGGAAAUGGAGAACGCCUGCGUUACUACAAGGUGCCAAAGAAUGCUGCUCAACUGGAAGCUUGGAGCAACAACCUCAAAAUCAACUCCAUGGAUCUCCUCCAGGGAGAGCACCUCAUCUGCGAGCGGCACUUCGAGUCCUUUUGCUUUGGGGCCUACAAAGGUUUGCGACCCGGAGCGCUUCCAACUCUUUUGCUUGGCAAUGAGGAGGAUGUCCAAAUGCUGCCCAAUCCCGCAAAUCUCUGCCAGAGCAAAACGGAGGUUUGCUGUGCGCCCGGUUGCGAACGCAUUUGGCAGCCUGGAGAUCCUCCCUUCAGUGGAUUUCCCAAACAAUUCGUAUUGGCCGACAAAUGGAUGUAUAACCUCCGCUUAAGAGUUGCCAAGGAGCAGCUGGGCAGGCUGAAAGUCUGCAGUGCGCAUUUCGAGUCCUCUCUCUUCGACAAAAGUGGUCUAAUCUCGGGAGCGAUACCCACCCUGGAAUUAGGACACUCCUCGCCGGAUAUUUUCCAGACGGAUCAGCAAAAUCUGGGUAAAAUCUUAAAGCCUUUUAAGAGAGAAAUUACGGAGGUAACCUGCUGUUAUCCCGAGUGCAAAGAGCUGUCUAAAAACCUUUCCUACAACUUGCCCCAAGAAGAGCCACUCAGAAGAGCUUGGCUUCGCCACUUGGACAUCGAGGAGCCGGCGAUCGGCCAGCUUUGCCCGCUGCAUUACUGCAUUCUCUAUCAGCUGAGUGUCAAGAGUUUUCCCGAGCAUGUGCCAAAUCGAUUCCUCGAGGAUAAUUACCACUCUGCUCGGAGCAACCGACGCGUGAGAAUCGUUAGUUGCGCGGUUAAGGGAUGUGAUAUGAUCAGGCCAAGGGAUAAGGUUCUCUUACACGGUUUGCCGCAGAGGAAAGACAUCCUGAGGAUGUGGGUGGAGAAUGGCCAACUGGAGAUUACGGAGCAGCAGCAGCAAUAUAUGCUCAAGGUGUGUCGCAAUCACUUUGAGUCACGCUGCACCUUCGACGAUCGAAGGCUGCAUCCAUGGAGCGUUCCCACCCUGAACUUGCCAGGAGAUCCCGUGCAUCAGAUUCCCACGAAAGAGGAGUGGCAGGAGAUGACGCUUAAACUGAACCAGGAAGCAGGGACAAUCAAGCAGGAGAUGGAGGAGCUGGAGGAGGAGUUGCAGGAGGAUAACUCCAUGCUGGAACCCAUUGUUCGCAUGGAGCACUUCGAGUCCGAGGAGGAAGACUCGCAGAUGCAGGCCCUGGAGGUGCUCCUGGAGGUGGGCCACGUUGAGCGCAUGGACAGCUACGAGAAGGUGGACAAAUCCUACACCACCGAGCAUGCCCUCUACCAACCUACUGCCAUUCGUAACCAGUACAAUGCCAACCACUGCGCCGUCGAGGGAUGCCAGGUGACUGUGGAGGACGUGGACGGUACCAUCAAGCUGCACAGGUUCCCCGCCUCCUCGGAAUCCGCCAGAAAGUGGAUGCACAACACCCAAGUAGACAUGGACGAGAAGUUCUGGUGGCGCUAUCGCAUUUGCAGCUACCAUUUCGACCAGGAGUGCUUCCAGAGCGCCAGGAUAAAGAAGGGGGCGAUGCCCACGCUGCUCCUGGGACCAAAGAGACCGAAUCAGGUGUUUGAGAAUGAGUUCGCCUCGCAGGAGACAGAAGAGAUGCACUUCCUACCAGCGGAGGCACUUCCUAGGGAGCAAAAGGUCCCCAAAUUAUGCCUACCUUCGCCGGCUCCUCCUCAAAAGUCCAGCAAGUUUUGUCAGGUGGAGGGAUGUAUGAAUCACCUGACCACUGAGAACGUGACGCUGCACAAGUUUCCCCAUUCCCAGGACAUGUGCCUCAAGUGGCAGCACAACACGCAGGUGCCGUUCGAUCCCCUCCACCGAUGGCGCUAUCGCAUCUGCAGUGCCCACUUUCAUCCGGUUUGCCUUCUAAACUUGCGUCUCGUCCAUGGAAGUGUGCCCACCUUGAAGCUGGGAGCCAAGGCCCCCGCCGAGCUCUUUGACAACGACUUCGAGGCCAUUAACCUCCGGCUGGACAAGAGAUCGAGUUUAGAAUCCAAUAACAUACAGAUCAAGGAGGAAAAAGAGGAAGAUGAGGAUGCCAUGCUGUUUCUGGAACCCGAAUUGCAGCUGCACGAGGACCAAGAGGUCAGCCAGUCGAACUGGAAGAGCCAGCUGCGUCUGCCCGUUAAGCAGGAGAAGAUCACCUACAACCAGGUGAAGUCCGGCUACGAUAAGUGCUCGCUGGUCCACUGCCAGCGGCAGAGAUCCCAGCACGGCGUUCACAUCUACAAGUUUCCCAAGUCAAAACGCCAACAGGAGCGUUGGAUGCACAACCUGCGCAUCCGUUACGAUGAGCGGCGGCCCUGGAAGUUUAUGAUCUGCAGCGUGCACUUCGAGCCGCACUGCAUCAGCCUGAGGAAGCUGCGUCCCUGGGCGGUGCCCACGCUGGAACUGGGCGACAAUGUGCCGGAGGAGAUCUUCACGAACGAACAGUGCCAGGAGCUCAGCGCUGAGAGCGAAGGCGACGAGGAGGAGGAUGGCCUGCAGGAGGACGACGACGAGGAGGAGGAGGAUGAGUGCGAUGAGGAUAUAGAGCCCGAGGUUCGCAUCAAGCGAGAGCGACGUUCCAAGCUCGAUCCCUGGCCGCCUGGCAUCGUGCCGCCCUGGAAGGUCAAGCAGUGCUGCCUCCCCUACUGCCGCGCCUUCCGUGGCGAGGGCAUCAAGCUCUUCCGGCUGCCCAACAACCGCACCUCAAUCCGCAACUGGGAGCUGGCCACGGGCAUGCUGUUCAAGGAGUCCCAGCGGAACACGCGUCUGAUCUGCAGCCGCCACUUCGAGCCCGAGUUGAUCGGGGUGAGGCGUCUCAUGCGCAACGCCAUCCCCACCAGGCAUUUGAAUCCUCAAGGAGUCGUGCAGGAAUCUAAGAAAAAGAUAGAACCACCCGUGCCCAUCGCUACCUGUUGCAUGGCCGACUGCCAUCACAAUGGAAAUGUCAGGCUGCACAAGUUUCCCAGUGAUCCCGCACUGCUGAGACAGUGGUGCCAAGCACUCCGGCUGACGGACACUCAGCGAUAUCGGGGAAAACAUAUCUGCUCGGUCCACCUGCCCACCGACAAGACGAUUAGCUGCGUUCUCUGCGGGGUGGACGACGUCCAGCUGCCGAUGCUGGACUUUCCGGAGCAGCGCAAUCAGCGCGCCAAGUGGUGCUACAAUCUCAAGAUCGAGGCCAUACCAAAGUGGGACCACUCCAAGCACAUCUGCUGUCGUCACUUCGAGUCGCAUUGCUUCGAGCAGCCGGGUGAGCUGCGCUCGGGUGCGAUUCCCACGCUGCAUCUGAACCACGACGACACGAACAUCUUCCUAAGCGACUACGCCACCGGUCCAAUUAGCAAUCGGAUCAAGGACGAGCCGCUGGACAACGACAACGAGAUGCUGCUGCUGGUUUAGUCUACCCACAAGGAAUCAUUUUAGUCUAGUUUUAGCUGUACCAUUUUAUAGACCUUUUUGUACAUUCAUUGUACCACAAUGCCACAUCACGUCUUCUAGUUUUACCAUGUAGUCUCUACCGGUGAUUUUAAUGCGUUAUUAAUUCGUAAGUGGCCCAAGGAGAAGUUGCCAUACAAAGAAAAAGAAAACAACACACAAUGUUCCUUAAGUUUUUGUUUUUACUUUUUAUACAUACGUACUUUAACUGUGACAAGAAAUGCGUUUUAGUUUCCACGAUACCUAUAUAUUAACUAUAGAUACAUACAUACUAUGUAAUAUCCUUGAGCGUAUAUGUGUAGACAUGUAGAUGUCCCAAUAAU